AUGACAGAUGCCUCCUCUGCUGCUCUGGCAUCUCCUACGCCACCAGAAGUCCUUUUAGAACUGACGGGAUCAGAGGAAGCUAGCAUGUGCACGGGCCUUAGCAAGCUCACAGAUAAAAAAGCAUCUGAAAUUGAAUCAAUAACCACCGGCCGACAGCUAAUCCCCGCGAGCCCCCAUGAAAGCAGCGAGCACCAAAAGCUGCCAAUGCCACGGACCAUCCCUUCAUCUUUUUAUAACUUCGCCCCCUGUGCCAUGCAGGGGUGCUCAGGUGAGGGCAGCUGGGCUUGGGCUCACAGUAAAAAGGGGCGACACGCGAUGGCCCAGGUAAUCCAUCCGCAGACAGGCCAGCUUUGGACUGCGGAGUUACUGGCAGCUGGAGAAAAGUGGACAGCUGACGUGUGUCCCAGUCCGGCCACAGCACGCCAGACGGGAUAA